AUAAAACUCCAGGUUAAUUAUUUGAGAUAAUUACAAUGUAUUAAUACGUUUAGCUGUAAGGGAUUGAUAUACCUAUUUUACCCCCACAAUGCAAUGUGGGAAUGUAAACAAAGGACAACGACAGGAAAGGAGAGAAAAGUUCUAGCUAGGUGCUAACUAGCUGAAUAGAAUGUGCAACUUAUUACAGCUGUUCUGCAAAGAAUAUGCAAAGAGUUUGGAUAGAUUUAGCUAGCUAACUAACGUUAACCAUUGACAGUAGACUUAAUUUGUAUUUAUUUAUCGUGUUGGAUCUGUAAAUUCCUUCAGCUGGGUAGCUACCUAGUUAGCUACCUAGCUCGCUUGUAGGAAAGCUAGCUUGCUAUCCAACGUUAGCCGGUAGCUAGCUGUCAAAACCAAGCCAAGUACUGCAGCUACUAGCUAGAUAGCUACUUUGAUUUCACAGUGAACACAAAAUUCAUCGGCCUUAAGAAUUUCCUUGGAAAACCGUUUUACCAGAGGAUGACAGGGAUGAUAUCUUGUGAAGGACAACAUAUGUGGCUAUCUGCACAUCUAUGAGGCCCCCCACGUGUCUGAGGGACUUUGAAAAUGAAGAAAAUUAAUCUAAAAACAAUACGAAAGUCAUUCAGCCUGAAAAGCAAAGAGGAAGAGGAUGGUUUACCGCAGCCAAAUUUAGCUACUAAUUUGUCAACAGACGCAACAUUUGGAAAAUGUUACAGUAAAGAACUUGUUCGUAACAAUUUUGAUCAUGAGGAAGAGAAAGGUUCCAAGAAUCGCUCCAAGGGUGAGAGUCUUAUGGGUUCACUGAAAAGGAGGCUUUCAGCCAAACAGAAAAGUAAAAUGAAAGAAAGCGCCACAUCAGUAACCUGUGAAGAUGACACGUUCUCGUGCUCCUCAGCCCCAAUUUUCUUUAAUGAUGUAAAGUCCCAACACCAUCUAAGGUCUAGUAGUCAUCAUUACAGUCCCACACCAUGGGCCCUCAGGGCAGCACAUUCUGAGGAAACCUGCCUUAGGAUGGAUGGGAAAGUGAAAGCUAUGAUCCACUCCUCAGAUCCAAGUCCAUCGUUAAACGUAAUUCGGAAAGAAUUCCCUGACCCCCAUAGGAAUAGGCUUUUUGAAGAUUCAGCCGAGAGCGCUGAGCCUCGAAAUGGUGAUAUGCAUCAAAAUAAUGAUGAUGAAAAUGUGCCUGCAGUCGGUGGACUAGCAUCUCAGGACUAUAUUCACUAUGCUGUGCCUUCAGAUGAUGAACUUGACCCUGCAGAAGGCUUGGAUAGUUCCUCUCCAAUGGAUGAGGCGCUUGAGCCUGAAAACUUCCCACACUUCCCUCUUCAUUCUGAGGAAGAGCCCAUUGACCAGGAGGAGCUGAUGUCACCAGACAUAUUCAUGGACCCAUCAGUGAAUAGACUGCUCUACAAUGCAGCCAGUGUUUUGAUUCAACACUCUAUAGAGCCUCCUGUCUCCCCCUUGCUACCUCAGCUACCUGACAAUCACAUUCGAAGGAGCUUCCAAGUGUAUGGCGGAUCUUCUCACUCACGUGGGGCAGAAGGAGUCAUGCAACAUCUUAAUUUUGACCCCAAUUCAGCCCCUGGAGUUGGCAGGGUUUAUGACGCUGUCCAGCACAGUGGGUCCAUGAUUGUAACCAGCCUUACAGUAGAGCUAAAGAAACUGGCCAAGCAGGGUUGGUACUGGGGUCCUAUAACGCGUUGGGAAGCUGAGGAGAAACUUGCCAACCUGCCAGAUGGGUCAUUCUUGGUGCGAGACAGCUCAGACGAACGUUACCUUUUGAGCUUGAGCUUUCGUUCCCAGGGUAAGACCCUGCACACCAGGAUCGAGCAUUCCAAUGGCAGUUUCAGUUUCUACGAACAGCCGGAUGUGGAAGGUCACAUAUCAAUCGUAGAACUCAUUGAACAUUCUAUCAGAGAUUCGGAGAGUGGAGCCUUCUGCUAUUCACGAUCCCGCACGCCAGGGACCGCAACAUAUCCUGUCAGACUGACUAAUCCCAUCUCAAGGUUCAUGCAGGUGCGCUCAAUGCAGUACCUAUGUCGGUUUGUUAUCCGUCAGUACACUCGGAUCGACCUUAUUCAGAAGUUGCCUUUGCCAAACAAGAUGAAAGAUUACUUGCAGGAAAAGCACUACUGAAAGGGGUUAUAAAUUAAACUCGACAGGAAUUUUUUGGGGAAAUUUUAGAUCAAUGCUAUUACAACAUAGGCCUUGUUUUUACAAUUUUGACGUGUUAAAAUUACCUUCAGUAAAUUAGAUUUUGAUUUUUUUUUAAUACAUUGUCCCCUUAUCUAGUGAUGUGUCCGACUGCCAUUGCAGUCAGUAACUGACAUCUAGUGAGCCAUACAGUUCUACUCCCCAGAAUUAUUUUGUUAUAUAAAGCACAAAGAAAUUUAACUGUUACUACAUUCAACCUUUCCGCAUUCCCCCAUGGGUCUUUUUUCCUACAAUAUAACAGUUUGUUAGUACUGUUGCUGUUAGCUAGUAUGAUACCUGCCGGUUCUCUGCUGAGUCUUUAGUUAAUGUUUUUUUUCUUAUUUUGCCUCAAUGAUGGUUUCUCAUUGCAUGUGAAUUACUUUUAGUAUUUGAAGAAUGAAAAAUAGAUUACCUGAACUAAAACUAUGAUUUGGGAGAGCUAAUUGUUACUCACUGUAUAACCAUAUAGGUAUGAUGGCUUGUUUGUGUAGCCUAAACUUGACUUUCUGCCUGUCACUGUAAGUACAAGGAAAACAUGCUUCAACGUGUUACUUUUCAGAUCAUGAAUUGCUACCUGUGGUAGAAUACUUGGUAUGGUUUGUCUCACCCAAAUGUACUUCUGAAAGGCUGUACACUGAUUUAUUGCACAUUUUGAACACAGAGUUGACUGUUAAUAAAGGACUUGUUCACA